AUGGCCUCUGAAAUUGCCCGAGACGGCAUAUUUGCCAUCAACAAACCGUGCGGCGAGAGCUCUGCACAGGUGAUUCGCGUCUGCCAGCAGCACUUCAACCCUUCUUCCUUCUUCAAACCCAUGCUCGACAAUGAAGUCGCCCGCCGGCUGAAGGAGUCUGGCGGCCAGUUCAAGCGUCGCAGGCAGGAGAAGAGGGCCGCCCAGGUCAAGAUGGGCCACGGCGGCACUCUAGACCCUCUCGCCACGGGCGUCCUCAUCCUCGGCGUCGGCACCGGCACCAAGCAACUCUCCCAGUUCCUCGACUGCACAAAAGCAUACGAGACCGUCGUCGUCUUUGGCGCCAGUACCGACACCUACGACCGCGUUGGCCGCAUCCUCGCCAAGCGGCCAUACGAUCACAUCACAAAGGAAAAGUUGGAGGAGGCGCUCAAGUCCUUCAAAGGCAAGCAGAUUCAGAUUCCACCGCUAUAUUCGGCCCUGAAGAUGAACGGCAAGCCUCUGUACGAGUAUGCGCGCGAGGGCAAGCCGAUUCCCAGAGAGAUUGAGGGCCGCGAGGUCGAGGUCCUUGACAUUGAGCUCGUCGAGUUUUACGAGCCUGGAAAGCAUGAUCACCGCUGGCCAACUGAGGAAGCAUCCGCUUCGGAGCGUAAUUUGGCUGAGCAGGUUUGGCGUCUCAAAAAGUCUCAAGAGACGGCCAAGAAGCUCACACCCGAGGAGAAGGAGGAAGAUGAUCAAGCGAUUGCGGCGCAUGAGUCGUUCAAGAAGAGUUUCGAAGAGCGCCAAGACGACCUCAUUCGCGAUUCUCCGAAGCCUUCUCGUCAGCGCGGUCCCAAGGAGGCCAUGAUGUCCGGGGCUCUGGGCGCGCUCCCCCAGUCCGCCAGCCAUUCGAGCAAAGGCUCCAAUCUCGUGCCCUCACCGCCGGACAAGAACACGCCGCCUCCGUGGACCGAUGCCGGCCCUCCUGCAGCCAAGAUUAGGCUCACUGUCACGUCGGGAUACUACAUCCGCAGUUUCUGCCACGACCUAGGCGCCAAGCUCGACUCGGCCGGUCUCAUGGCUGAGCUCUGCCGCACGCGACAGAGCGACUUCACCGUCGGCGGCAUCAACUGCCUCGAGUAUGAGGACCUGGCCAAGGGUGAGGAGGUUUGGGGACCACGGGUCGCCGACAUGCUCGCCCGCUGGAACGGCGAGCCCGCCGGCAACUGGACGCCGGGCGGGGCCAAGACCAACGGCGCGUCGCCUGGCAAGGCGGCGGCGGCCGGCGUGCAAACGCCAAAUGGCACUGGCCCGUCCAGCCCGGCAAGGACGGAGAAGCGUCGUCGCUCUCCCUCGGAGGAACUGCCGAGGAAAGCGGCGGCGCGCGGUGACAACGAUAGCCUCCGGCCAGAUACACCCAAGGGUCGGCGGUCAGAUGACGAGAAGUCGUGGAACGGCUUUGACGACUAG